GCCGUCGGAGCAAGGGUGCUGGACAGCCCGGUGCGGAAGGUGCUGGAGCUGCUCGACGUCACCCAGGGUAAGCUCGUUGCGGAGGCGGAGAAGGCCCAGGCGGUGUACGAGGAGCUGGCCGAGUGGUGCGAGGACAGAUCCAGGAGCCUUCGAGUAGAGAUCAAGACGGCGAAAUCUAGGGCAAGCUCGUUGUCGGCGGUUAUCGAGCAGUCCAGCUACAAGGUCACCUCGGUAACAACCCGCAUUGAAGAACUCUCUGGGGAGAUCGCAGCGCAAGAGAAGGAGCUGAGCACUGCGACCACUCUGCGCGAAAAGGAGGCGAAAACUUUUACCGAGUAUGAGCAGGGCCUCACAGAGACAAUCCAGGCGAUCGAACAAGCAAUACACACGCUGGACAAGAGCGGAAGCGGGGCUUCACUGUUGCAGCGCCAGAGCGCAAUGAACGCGGUGCAGGCGUUGGUCGCGAUGGUGGAUGGCUAUGGAAUCCGGGCUAGUGGGUUCGAGCACCCAGAAUCCCUAGCACAGACCACUGGCAGUUCUCGAGAAGGCGAUGCCAGCCAGGAUGAGGACUCGGAACUGUCUCUCGAUGCACCCGAUUCUGCGGCGUACGCCAGCAAGAGUGGCGGCAUCGUGAACACUUUGGAGGGCUUGCUGGACAGGGCCACCUCCGACUUAUCGGACUUGCGGCGCGAUGAGGCAACGAAGGCUGGGAACUACAAGCUGUUUAAGCAGUCUUUGGACACAAAGAUGGGAUACUCCAAGGCGGAGAUGGGCCAGGCCAGGGUGGAGCUGGCAGCAGCAGGACAGAAGAAGGCUGCUGCGGAGGGAGAUCUGUCAAUGGGCAACAAGGACUUGCAGGAGGACGUCGCGUCGCUGGAGAAGCUGCACCACCACUGCAUGAGCCAGGCCGCGGACUUCGAGUCCGAGACGACCGCGAGGAAUCAGGAGCUCGGCGUGCUCGCCAAGGCCAAGAAGCUCAUCGGCGAGUCGACCGCGGGCGCAGAGGGGCGGACCUACGGCCUGGCCCAGCGCAGCGCCCAGGGCGAGGGAUCCCAGCAGGCCGCGCCAGCGCCCACGCCGGUGGCCACCGACGCCGCGGACUCCUUCCUGCAGCUGGGGCGCGCAGACCAGAGCGGGCUCCGUGCUGCUCGGCUGAUCAAGAGGCUCGCCAAGGAGCGAAAGUCGAGGUCUCUGACGCAGCUGUUCCGUUACAUGGACUCGGUGCUGCGGUCGAAGGGCUCGUCCGCCGAGGACCCCUUCGCGAAGGUGAGGAGCAUGGUGUCGAGCAUGAUCGCCAGGAUGGAGGAGGAAGCCUCGAAGGAGGCCGACCACAAGGCGUACUGCGACAAGGAGAUGGCGGAGACCCAGGCAAAGGUGGACGACAAGGCCCAGGAGAUCUCGAAGGUCUCCACCAUAGUGGACCAGCAGUCGGCCGAGUCGGCCAAGGUAGUGGAGGAGAUCACCACACUCCAGGAGGAGUUGUCCGACAUAGUGCAGUCGCAGAAGAGCAUGGACGAGAUCCGCUCCAAGCAGAAGGCCAUGUACGAGCAGGAGACGGAGGAGCUGCAGCGGGCCCUGCAGGGCACCCAGGCCGCCCUGAGGGUCCUGCGCGACUACUACUCGAAGGACGACGACGGCGGCCAGGACAGCACCAGCCAAAGCGGACCGUCUUCGGGCGUCAUGGGCCUCCUGGAGGUCAUGGAGGGGGACUUCUCGAAGAGGCUCUACUCGAUCGAGUCGGAGGAGGGGGCCGCUCAGGCCGCUUACGAGGAGGACAGCAAGGACAACGCCAUUGCGACGGCGGAGAAGGAGAAGAUCGUGAGCUUGAAGAUCAAGGCAUCAAAGGCCCUGGGGAAGUCCGCCGCGGAGAUGGGCGCGGACCGGGACAGCCUGCAGGCCGAGGCGGACGCCGUGGGCGAGUUCCAGGCCAAGUUGCUGGAGCAGUGCGUCGCGAAGGCCGAGCCGUACGAAGAGAAGGUGAAGCGGCGGGAGAAGGAGAUGGACGGCCUCAGGGAGGCACUGCAGAUCUUGGACGGCCAGGCCGUGUCGUUCCUUCAGCAGGGCGCGUCCGCGCACCGCCGGCAGCUGCGGGGCCCGGCGGUCUGAGGCCGCGCGUGGGCCGCGCGGCCGUCCGCGGCCGUUCGGCCGUGCGGCCACGGCCGCGGGGGCGCCUCCGAGUCUGGAGCCGCGCGGUGCGUCCGAGGUGCGGGGGCUGCAGCCAACUGCGUAGGGUUUUUCCUCCUCCUUCCCCUCCUCC